CCUGGUUUGCGUUUUUUCAUUGUGCUGGGAGGAGUCAAACAAACCUGGCAACACCAGCAGUCGCUUUGUUAACACUUCAUUGAACCAAGAUGGCAGAUUUCGAGGAGCUCAGCGAUGAAGAGAAGGUCCGUAUUGCAGCUAAUUUUGUGAUGCACGCUCCUCCAGGAGAGUUCAAUGAAGUCUUCAAUGAUGUGCGACUGCUGCUUAACAAUGAUAAUCUUCUCAGAGAGGGCGCGGCUCAUGCCUUUGCCCAAUACAACAUGGAUCAGUUCACCCUUGCCAAAAUUGAUGGAUAUGAAGAUCAGGUCCUGAUAACAGAGCAUGGAGACCUGGGUAAUGGCCGCUUCUUUGACCCUCACAAUAAGAUCUCCUUCAAGUUUGACCACCUGAGGAAAGAGGCGAGUGACCCCCAGCCCCAUGAGGGCGAGGCAGCCCUGAGGUCAUGGAGAGACGCCUGUGAUUCUGCCCUCAGGGCCUACGUCAAGGAACACUACCCCAGUGGAGUCUGCACCGUUUAUGGGAAAACAAUUGAUGGCCAGCAGACCAUUAUAGCUUGUAUCGAGAGUCAUCAAUUUGAACCUAAAAACUUCUGGAACGGGCGCUGCCGGUCUGAAUGGAAGUUCAGUGUGUCACAAUCUACAGCACAGGUGGUUGGAGUCUUGAAAAUACAGGUACAUUAUUAUGAGGACGGAAAUGUACAACUGGUCAGCCAUAAAGAUGUACAGGAAGCACUGACCGUGUCUAAUGAGAGCCAGACUGCAAAGGAGUUGGUGAAAAUUAUUGAGGAUGCAGAGAAUGAAUACCAGGUUGCCAUCAGCGAGAACUAUCAGACCAUGUCUGACACCACCUUCAAAGCCUUACGCAGACAGCUCCCAGUCACCCGCACCAAGAUUGACUGGAACAAGAUCCUCAGCUACAAGAUCGGCAAAGAGAUGCAGAAUGCUUAGAGGACAGAGGCUGUUGGGGUCAUGACAAACUGAUUUGGGAGAGAGUGAUGCUCACACAAAGUGUGUGACGCAACGUAAUGUCCUGUAUGUCCCUCUAAAAGAGACAUUACAGCUUCUGUUGAGCACUAAAAAGGGAUGCCUUCAUUUAAAAAUGACAUUGAGUGGUGUAACUGACGCUCAUCUGCAAACACAUUAUUAUUGUUUUUCAACAAAUAAUGCCUUUAGUGACACUGUGAAGGUUUGGGUCAUUUCCUGCCAUUCAAGCUCUCACAUAUACAUACAGUUUCUGAUCCCUCAGUGCUUCAGAUGGACACACAUCCUCCCAAAGCCCCCAUGUCUUUCAUGUAGCAACUAAUUUACACUUUCUAAAAAACGUAAAUGAUAUUCUUUAAGAGCUUCCAAUACCUCUAUAGUUUUUUAUUAACAGAGGGCAGAUGCUGUAUGCAAUUUGAUAUGUUAUCUGACUGGAGAGAGACUUGAUAGUACCAAAUUAUACCGUUUCUAUUUCAGUCCAAAAUCUCAUCUGUACAUAUUUAUGCAUUCCUCUGGUUGCAGAGGUUGUAGCCAGAAGGCAUGGGAAAGCGUACAUGUCUUUUCUUUUCCCAUUUACUGACCAGAUUUUGUCUUCCCUGUUGAAGAAGUUUAGUUCUUUUAUUUCCUUCUGUUAUAGGGUGACGUUUGCAUUACAUUUAUAAUCCCUUAACCCACCCCCUGCCACCCCCCCAUCCCCUCCCUGACUGAUAAAGUAUUGGUGUCCUCCUGCCACCUGUUUGCCUUUAGCUUUUGCUAUAUUUUUUAUACAAACUGUAAGUACAUUUAUUAUUCAUGAAAU